AUGGGUGCUUCUUCAGUUGCCAGUGACGACUCGAACAACGACGACGGUUUCAUUGUCGAUAUUGAUGCCAUCCAGGCUCAUGGUAUCGGUGCUGUCGAUAUCUCGAAGCUGAAGUCAAAUGGUUACUACACGAUCGCAUCGGUACAUUCGGCUACUCGUCGCAAUCUAUUGAAGAUCAAAGGUUUCAGUGAGAUUAAGGUCGACAAGGUCAAGGAUGCCAUCGCCAAAUGCCAGCCUUCCGGAGGAGGCUUCCAGACUGCUCAUGAGCUUGGACAUCUACGUAAGCGUGUCAUCAAGAUCUCCACUGGCAGCAAGGCGCUCGAUACUGUUCUCGGAGGUGGUUUCCAAACGAUGAGCAUCAGCGAGGUCUUCGGAGAGUUCCGCUGCGGAAAGACUCAGCUGUCACAUACCAUGUCUGUUAUCGCACAGCUGCCGAAGGAUAUGGGCGGUGCAGAAGGCAAGGUGGCAUACAUCGAUACCGAAGGAACCUUCCGACCCGAGAGAAUAGCCCAGAUCGCAGAGCGGUUCGGAGUCGACCCUGAGACUGCCCAAGACAACAUAACCUAUGCUCGCGCAGUGAACUCGGAGCAUCAGAUGGAACUUCUCAACAAAGUCGCCGAGUUCUUUGUCAGCAAUAAGUAUCGGCUGCUCAUCAUCGACAGUAUCAUGGCUCUCUUUCGUGUCGACUACACGGGCCGCGGUGAACUCAAUGAGCGGCAGCAGAAGCUGAACCAAUUCCUCUCGAAGUUGACGCAUGUCGCUGAAGAGUUCAACGUGGCUGUGCUCUUGACAAACCAAGUCCAGAGUGAUCCUGGAGCAAGCGCUCUCUUCGCUGGUGCAGAUGGCCGCAAGCCAAUUGGUGGUCACAUCCUCGCCCACGCUUCCGCUACGAGGAUUCUUCUUCGCAAAGGUCGGGGUGAAGAGCGAGUUGCCAAGAUUCAAGACUCUCCUGACAUGCCGGAGAAGGAGGCAACUUAUAUCAUCACGAACGGCGGCAUCAAUGAUCCAGAGAAGGUGUGA